AGUAUAUCAAACACACACUUCGCUUGCAGGACCAUAUUAUUCAAGAGAGUAGUACUUCUAGAUCCAGACCACCAGCACCACACUAUCAAGUAUAUUUGAGUUGUGUGCAGUAGAUGUUAAUUUUGAUUGAUGUGACUUGGCUGUCCAUCGGAGCCGCAGCCGCUAGAGUUACGAAGCGGCUUUCUCAUCUGGCGCAACUGCCGUAGAGUAACGGGUAACACUAACAUGGUUCUUCAUCCCCGUCAUCACUUUUCUUGUCCCGGCGACACGACCCACCACCACGGCCUGCAAGGCGGUCUGAAAUGAAGUAGAAAACGACUCCCAGCACAUCACUAAAAUGAAGUUUGGCGCGCUUCUCCUCCGCUCCCGGGUCCCGGAGUGGACCGACCACUACCUCGAUUACAAUGCGGGGAAGAACAAAUUGAAGCAAUGCCUCAAACUGUUCUUCGCCGAGAUAGAGAAACUUCGCCUAGAACAGGAGGAAUUACAGAAGGAGCUGCAACCGAGAGGACCCUCCAGCGGGACAACGUCGCAAGUUUCCAUGAUUGGAGGCGAAAGUACAACUACUGUCGGGAAAAAGCCUAGUUCUCCAAUUGCCAUGGCCGCUGCGUCCGCGAGUAUGCUGAACAGCUUGAAGGACAAAGAGUCCACUUCACAGCAUGGCGAUCAAGAGAAGAAAAAAGUCACCAACACGGCCAUUCCCCUCCACAGCGACACCUCCGACUCCGAUGACGACACCUACACCAGUGGGAAAAAACAGAAAAAACGGCAAAACACCUCAUAUCAAAAGGAAAAAUUCCCCCACCCCAUACUCAGGGAUAGAUUUGUAUAGCAUGAUUUGCGAUCACAAAUCGCGUUGUCAUGCUAGAAGGGAAGAGAUGCAGACUUUAGUGCUGGCUGGCGUGGGAAAGCUUUGCGUCUUCAGCAUGACAGGAAGCAACUGGAAACGGGAAACAGCAUGACAAAUUUCCUGCAAAAGAAGGAGCAGUUGCAUCUUUUGGCCUUCUAGCAAUACAAGUUGAUUUGUGGUCACAAAUCAGCAUCACAAAUUUCCUUUUUGAUAUGGGGAGGGGGGAUUUUUCGUUUUGAUACCUCCACAGCCUCCGCUUCCGCUACGCUGCGGCGGGCGUUUUCGAUUUUGAGCGGCGGUUUCGGGGGUGGGAAGGAUAUCCUGAGCAAAAGUAUCGUACUCGUACAAAUGCUAGUCCUGCAUUACAAAUUUUUUUCUCAAGGUAAAUCAGCAUUACAAAUUCCAUUUCUCAUGCUGAGAAAAUUUGUAAUGCAUUUAUACGAGUACGAUACUUUUGCAGUUCAUAAAGGAUGUGGAUCAGCAAAACCAAACUGGCGCAGGUGGUCCGCAUGCGUCGGGUAGUGGUGAAGAUUUAGACAUUGAGAACAACAACGGUAAGAUUUUUCCCAAAGCGGCAAAAACAAAGCGGGAGGAGAUCGAAAGGUUGGUGGAGGAGGACGCGGAUAACUUAGAAUUGCUUUACGAGUGUUUGGAAGAUUUCUACGGCUAUCUCGGGGAAGAGAUGCAGAAGGUCGAUAAGCAUUACAUCCGGACCAUGUCGGCGUUAGCGAAUCGAUUGGAGGAAAUCAGGAACACUUUCGCGGCCACGAGCUCAGGCGCAGGGAAUCAACAAGGGGAUAGCACCCCCGGAACAACCACUUCCGCUGGUGCAGCAUCAGGCGUUGCGAAAGUGGACUCUUCGGGGAACAUAAAACGGGCAAUGUCGAACGAGUCGCAGAGUUCGGACGUCGGGUUGGAUCUGCAGGGGUAUGUCAAGCUGAUGGACGCAGAAGACGGGGCUAAUACUAGCACGGGAGGUCUAGUACAUCAUCAUCAACAGCUCGAGCUUCCGGAAAAACUGGAAGUCUUAAACGAGGAUCAGCUCCUAGAAGACGAAUCUCCCGACAUGUUGAAGUCCAGUCUUCGGAUGUGGACCACGACGACUACACGACAGCCCACAGGAGCAUCGAGCACCACCCCGCGAUCUGCGAGCGGAGCUAGUGCAACAAGCGCAAGUCGUGUUGGAACAUCAUCAAUCACCCUCGGAACCAACACCCGGAAGUUUAAGGAAACGCUCCGCGCCACCAUCGUGCCGGAGGGCACCGGGAGUCGAUCCGGGCUGCUGACGAAGUUGAUGACGAGUGGAGUCGGCGUAGCUGGAACAACUACGUCCUCCCGGGAGAUCGUAGAUUCGGGGGAAGAGGAGCAAGAUGGCGAGCGGGAUACGGAGAGACGGAGCGGUUCCGUGGUGGAGAAGAACACAACUAGUGGUGCUCCUGCUGAGGAGACCACAGUUGUCGAAAUGAGCAACACGGGAGUAGAAGUACUAGAUCAGCCACGACUUUCCACCCAAGUCAGCCUGGCGAGCACACCAUCAAAUACAGCGAAAAAUAACGAACAGCAGCAGCCCCAUAAUUCCGCAUCCGCAAGUACAAAAAAAGACCACAAAGGAGCCGCAGAGAAGGAAAAGCAGAGGCAACAGCAGCAGCAGCAGAGACAAGUUUCCCGCCAGCAGGUCGAUCUGAUUCUCUUCCGGAUCGUGAAGGACAUUAAGAAACUCGAAGAUUUCUGCCGGCUAAACUAUUCCGGGUACAGGAAAUUGAUGAAGAAACACGACAAGAAAACCUCCCUAAACACUCUCGCCACAGUGCUUCCCUUUCUCGCAGAGAACUACAUCUUCCCGAACUACCAAUCGAGGUUACAGUUACUCCAGGAAGAAGUGGUUCUCCUCGCCGAGCAGUUCGGGUCUGUUUCCGUUGACGAUUACUGGAAAUUUGACACGAGUUUUUCCGGUGGGAUGGGGAUAAAUUACGGCAGCACCAAUACAUUCCGGUUCGGCACCGGCUACCUCCUCGCUUUCUUCCUGGGUGUGGUGUUCAUGGCGUUGCUGGAUCUGGGUGUUUUGGUCGAUCUACCGGCGACGUAUCCACAGUAAAUUCCCCGUACACGUACAGAUGCGGUUUCUGCAUGACAAAACUUGGCUUCGAUCCUAGUUUAGCAUGACAAGUUUUACGUUUCAUAUUGGUGAAAUUUGUGAUGCAUGUGGUACAUGUACGGGAAAUUUGUAUCGCAUACUACGAAUCCGAACUUCAACGUGGACCACUUUUUCGACGUGUUCCCGCUGUUCCGGUUCUGCUUCAUGUUCAUUCUACUCCUGUGGCUGCUCGGGUGGGUUUUAUCUCUGUACGAGGAAUACGCGAUCAACUACAUUUUCCUCCUCGAUAUCGACCCCAAGUGCCAGAUCCGGGCGACGGAUUUCUUCGGGUACGCGGCAAUCCAGACGAUUUUGUGGGUGGCGUUUUUCGGCGGGUAUGUUUUUUUCUGUAAGUUCAGCAUGUACGGAGCCGGGGCGGAUAGGAGCGAGAAAGUGGUGGAUCCGCAGUUUUUCCCGAUUUGCUUGAUGAUCUCGCAGAUUCUGUUCCUGUUUUUACCGUCCGAUUCCUUCCGCCGGAAGUACCGGUGGCAGAUUUUGGAGCUCAUCCGGGACGUGAUGUGUGCCCCGUUUGUGUUGGUGACGUUUGGGGCGAACAUUGUCGGGGACAUUUUAACCAGCUUCGUGAAACCGUUGUCCGAUUUGGAAUACACGUAUUGCUACUUACUGUACAUUGUCUCAUUCGACACCGGGGAGGUGGAAGAUUUUGGGGAGGCGAAACUGGAAAGCAGUUCUAGUACAACUCGAGCAUCGCAACUCGCUGACACAACUUCUGCGCACGUACGGAUAAAACACGACGUGGAAUUGGACCAGGUGGCGCUACACCAAGAACACUGUAAGGAGAUUUCUGGACUACUCUUGCCCUUCGUUCUCGCUCUUCCCUACUACUUCCGGUUGAUGCAGUGCGUCGCGCGAUUCCGGGCGACACGGGAUGCGGAGUGGGAGAAGUUACUCGCGAUUCAGGCAGUCGCGGAUGCGGAACAAGAAAACGCGGAACUUGCAAGGAAGGAGGCGGAAGCAGCUGCUGGUGGAAAUGACGAUGUUGAAAAUGCGGACAAAACAACCCCUCUCGUCCACAGCCCCUCGAGGCGUCUCUCCACGAGUUCGGUCUCGAGUUCCGGUGAUUUGAAGCGGUCUGCCUUCGCGAAACGGGGGAAAUCUGGGUCGACGCAGACAGCCUCGGCUGCGCACCACGGUACUAGUACCUCUGCUCACAACCGGCAAACAAUAACCGGGUCUUCGGUCGACUUGGCGAUCACAACGUCCAUCCUAGAUCGACCAUCCACCACUCCGGGCGUCGGGCCAAACGUUGCGGAUGAGGAGUUACCAGCGACGAUAGCGCACGAACAGCACGAACAUGGAAGUGGGAAGCAAGUUCAAUCAUCGAAAACCGCGCCGACUCUCCCCCCCUUCUACAAAUCGCCCCAUUUUUGGAACGCGGGAAAAUAUUGCACCGGGAUUCUCGUCGUGUUUCAGCAGUACCUUACCGAUGAUUGGCGUGUGUGGUUGGUGAUCAGCGCGGUUUCCACUUGUAUCAACUGUAAAAAUGUCUGGGUCUGGAAGAAUGCAUGUUUGUCAUGCUUGUCUGGCAUGGCUCUUAAAUCUGUCGUGCACGUGACCCAAGAGCGCCACUGUUCUGUGAUGCAGAAACGCAGUUUGUCAUGCAGAAUAGGCAACACCUAGAAGCUCAGAAACUUGUCAUGCUGAGCCAGCAUUUGUGGCCUCAUCAUGAGACGCCAUCCAGCAUCACAAGUUUCCAGACCCAGAUAUUUUUACAUUUGAUAACUUGCUACAUGCUCACGUGGGACAUGUACAUGGACUGGAAUUUGGUUUGGAAUCCGAUUUAUGCAAUGCAAAAGCAUCGUACUAGUAGUAAUCGCAUUACAAAUUUGCUCAGCAUGAAAAAUGGAAUUGCUCAUGCUGAAGAUUUACCUUGAAAAAGAAACUUGUCAUGCAUAAAUGCAGUUACUGUUACUACGAGUGCGAUACUUUUGCACAGCAUACGACUCCCUAUCUACGCUAUCAGUUCUUCAAAUUUUUGCACAAAAACUACCAAUUAUUGAAACCGAUUUUGAAGUUUCUGGGGUUGCAGAGCUUGGUUGCAGGCGGGGGAAAUAACAAUAAAGCGGGUAAUAUUGCUGGUGGACUACAGGAUUCGUCCACACAAGACAGAAACAGUUCACGCGAAAAUAUUAACUCCAUGACGAUGAGCAACCGCGCCACCAUCGGGAUCCACCACGCUUUAGAGUAUGAAUUGCAAAAGUAUCGUACUCGUAUAAAUGCAUUACAAAUUUCCGCCUCAGUGUGAGAGAUAAAAUUUGUAAUGCUGAUUCGCCUUAAGAGAAAGAUUUGUAAUGCAUGAUUGCAAGAAUACGAGUACGAUACUUUUGCACAGGAUAUAGAGCACGCGAACACGACGUUGCACGAACCGUUACUCGGCGCAAACACCAAGCAUCACAAACAGUUCAAUAAGGACAAGGUGCUGAUUCACGAACGAGCAAGUGAAAUUCACGAGAAGCACCGGUUUGAGCACGUGGCGCCGGACAGGACGAAAUUGUACCCGGAGCACUAUUAUCUCUGGAUCCCGGUGCUGAACUUUUUCCUGCGGUUCACGUGGAUUUUAACCAUCGUCCCCACCCCGGCGUAUUUAUUGCAGGCGUACUUCUUCGCGGACAGCAGUGGUGGUGCGAGCAAUACAGAUUCGACGAGCCAGCCGGUCGUCGCUUCAUUAUCCGUUUCAGAAAACUUGAUCAUCUUCCUCGCAGCCGCCGGAGAAAUCUACCGCCGCGCCCAGUGGGCGUUACUGAGGCUGGAGAACGAGCACUUGACAAACGCGAGUCACUACCGUGCUUUUUGUUGGGUGCCCCCAGUACACGCGACGCCGAGCGGCGGGAAGCUGUUUAACAGUGGGAAUGUGAAAAUUUGAGCAAUGAAGUAGAGUGUUCGACGGGGACGGAAUAACAUGUUUUGAAAACAGUAUCACGAAGAUCAUUUGGGUUUAGAUUUACAACUUCUUCAAGCAGUUGGUGAUGUGUGUACAGUUUCUUUGCAGCACGAGUUUCGAUGUCGACCAUAAUAAAUAGCCUUGAUUUAUUUCGGGCCCUUCUUGUACGUAUCUAUACGGGUUUGAUUCCGGACAAGAACGAACAAGACAUAUUUUGCACAGCGCAACCAGAAUUUCACGCAGAAAUAACGUGCUCCUCAGAACUAUUCAUAACGAUAACCAACUGCAGGAGUAUACGAAGCAGAUGGAAAGCUGAC